AUGUUCUCCAAAUCUCCAGAGUCUCUUAAGGAGCCUUGUGUGACGGAAACUUCUGUCAAUUCCAGCCCUAGUCUAUCCGCCCGGGAUGAGAAACAACUCGCGACACCAUCUUCAGACUCGAUCAAUCUAGAAAGUCAACUUCCUUCACCACCGCCAUAUCAUGUCUUCACACGCUCUCAAAAGCUACAGAUGGUCUGCAUUGUUUCUCUAGCUGCCAUCUUUUCUCCUCUAUCAUCCAACAUCUACUUCCCGGCCCUCGGAGUCAUAUCAAAUGAGCUUAAUGUCUCCAUGUCGCUGGUGACUUUGACAGUUACUGUAUAUAUGAUUGUGCAAGGCCUUGCACCCAGCUUUUGGGGGUCUUUUUCUGAUGUCAUUGGCCGCCGUGCCAUAUUCAUUGGAACCUUUAUUGUCUACAUAAUUGCAAACGUUGCUCUCGGAGUAUCGACAAAUUAUGGGCAACUUAUGGCAUUUCGUGCUUUGCAGGCUGCCGGCAGUGCAGCGACCAUAUCAAUUGGCGCUGGCGUAAUUGGAGAUAUCACCACAUCCGCUGAGCGAGGUAGCCUAGUCGGAAUUUUUGGUGGAGUUCGUAUGCUUGGUCAGGGCAUUGGUCCAGUGUUUGGUGGAAUUCUGUCUCAGUACCUGGGGUUUAGAUCCAUCUUCUGGUUUCUGAUUAUCCUAUCUGGACUGAGUUUACUUUCGAUUCUAUUUUUCCUUCCUGAAACUCUACGUACGAUCGCUGGUAAUGGCAGUGUCCCCCUCUAUGGAAUCCACAAACCCUGGAUCUAUUCUAUAAUUGGCCAGGAGCAUAUUAAGGAGGGCGCUGUUCCUUCUGGCGACAAGAAGAAGGUCACCUUUAAGACAAUCCUAGCUCCCCUGGGCUUUCUGGGCGAGAAAGAUGUCUUUAUCACAUUGUUUUUUGGUGCUAUUGUGUACACAGUCUGGUCCAUGGUGACUUCAUCGACAUCGGACCUUUUUGAGCAAACAUACGGGCUGAACUCUCUGGAGGUUGGACUCACCUUUCUGGGAAAUGGCUUUGGUUGCAUGUCCGGAUCAUACAGUAUCGGUUAUCUUAUGGAUUUUAAUCAUAAGAGAACUGAGCGCGAGUACUGCAUCCAACACAACCUUCCUCUCGACACUCGUAUCACAACUAAAACUCACCCGGAUUUUCCGAUUGAGUAUGCUCGCAUGCGCAACACCUGGUGGAUCACUGCACUCUUCAUAGUAUGCAGUGCUGUUUACGGUGUUUCACUUCGUGCUCACCUUGCUCUCCCGGUCAUCCUUCAAUACAUCAUUGCUUACUGCGCUACUGCCAUUUUUACUAUUAACAGCGCUUUGGUUAUCGACCUUUAUCCUGGAGCGAGUGCUAGCGCGACCGCUGUCAACAACUUGAUGCGAUGCCUUAUUGGUGCUGGAGGUGUUGCUGCUGUGCAGCCUAUGAUAGAUACUCUCACAGUCGAAUAUACCUUUAUUAUACUCGCCGGCAUCACCCUUGGCAUGGUUCCACUUCUCUUGAUUGAGAUGCGUUGGGGCGCUGGAUGGCGACUUGAGCGAACUGAGCGCCUCAAAAGAAAGGCAGAGGCGGCCUAG